CAUCCAGAAUGUCUUUGAUUUCGACAAUCAAGUAGUCGUGUGCUCCAAAAUUCAAGGGGAAAACUACUUUCUACUUCAGUCGGCAGUCAUACUUCAUCGUUAGAUCGGGCAGAUUUUUAUUUCUACAAUUUUUUCCAAAUUUAUAUAUCUUUUUUGUCCUUGAAUAUGGGAAGUCGCGAGGUUUCUAUUUUGGUACUUUUAAAUUUAUCAUUGUCCGACCAGUGUGAAGCGACAUCCCGUUCAAGACAAAUCUUGAAAAACCACUUCUGGGACGAGCACGCCACAAGGAUUCUGUGUAAGAUUAUGAAGUCGUCUGACAAUUCUGUAGAAAUCCGCGUGAGAGCUGCUGAAAUUUUAGCAGACCGUUUACGGUAUAUCGAUUACUGGGAAGCUCUGAACUUGCCACAGAAAACUGAAAUAUUAUUAUAUCUUCGAGAGGCUCUGCUAUCUCUGAUGGAAGAGAAUGUGGAACGAUUACGUAGACCCGUUGUGCUAAAUGUUAAAAUUGCAAUUGCACAGAUGCAGGAACGCAAUGAUGAUUGGAUAGCAUCGGUCUUUUGCAUAAUACAGACUAUGUGUGUUUCGCAGCAGGAGUCACAUCGGGAAUUGGGCGCCUAUAUAUUUAGCCAAAUGGCAGAGAUCGCAUUUUAUCCUUUCAAUAAGUAUGUAAGCCGUGCUGAGACUAUCUUUAUCGAUUGCCUAGAGAAAGCCGAUAGUGAGGCACGUUUGGUGUCAUUGACCAAUGAUUUUUUGAUCGCUGGAUGGAUGCGUACUUUGAUAGAGCGACGAAAUGAAGUUGAGGUAGGAAUUGGUAUAUAUACAUUAUUUAUUGGUAUGCAAAUUAAACUAACUGAAAUUCAUUUAAAGAAUGGUGAAGUUUUGGAUAACUUUAUGCCCACAAUAUUACGCAUUAUUCAUAGUUGGCCAUAUAAGUCAACUGCGAGGUAUACCUUCAAUGGCAUCAAAUUACUGGAUAACCUAAUGAAACAUUCGCCGGGCAUAGUAAGUCGUGAAUUGAAUAGGUUAAUACGGAUAGUUGUCAGCCUGUUCGAAUGCGAACGUUUGGAGAUACGACAGAGUAAGAAGGCCUUGGACAUUCUAAAACGUCUUGUUAUUGGCAAUGUGGAGAAGAUCAUCGAUCUGGAACUGAUGGAUAGAAUUCUAGGAUUCUUUUGCACUGUCUUGAGCGUGACACCAAAUCGAGAUUCUAAUAACAGAGACGAUUUUCUGGACACAUGUCGUGCUGAGAAUACUAUUGUGGGCUCAGCUGUAGACAUGCUGAAAAUGCUCGUGUCUGAAAUGAAAGAGAAUUUCUGUCUUUAUUUGUCCACCUACAUAUAUAAGAUGUUUUCGGCAAUCAAGGCCCGACCUCCGGCAAACUAUUGCGCUGGCAUUUUUAUAUUUUUUGCCGCAUUAGCUAAAGAUCCCAACGUUCCUUGGGAUAUCAUUAAUACCUGGGAAGUUCUGGAGUUGGUUGAGUUAGGACUUUAUAGCAAGGACCAGAUGGUAAGACAGGCAGCCCAAUUCUCGUUGGCCACGAUCGUAGAGCGACUGCAGCCGGAUAUCAUUAAAUAUUUCAACUAUAUUAUGUAUAUGUUCUACAUUAGUUUUUAUGAUAUUCUUAAUAGCUUGAACGUGGAAACACCCAUCUUCGAUUCUCUAAUAGUGUUGUUAAGAAACAUGCGAAGCGCAGUCCUCAAGGGUCAUGUUCCUGAUCUGAUGGAUUACUCUCUAAGAUUUCUAAAGUCAGACUACAGUUCGAUUACGGUAAAGCAGAAGGCACUAAGUGUUAUCGCAAUUCUCGGGGAUUUAGUUACGGAUUCUCUGGAUCCUUAUUUCGAUCAGAUUGUGGAUAUUGCCUCGUCUUGCCUAUUAUUUAACAACGGUAGUGAUCAUCGACUCAGAACACAGGCCUUCCGGGUUUUCGCAACGUUAAGGCGAGUGAGCAUGGAAAAAUUUUCUGCCUACACCGUUGAUCUUCUCGAUAAGUCUGUGCGAGUAAUGCAAAAGGAAAUAGUAGUGUCGAUGUUUAUUUAUGACCUUUUAGGUCAGCUUUGUGCAGCUUCACCCGAUGAUUUCAAGAUGUACUUUAACAUCAUUAUCGAGUACGUAUUCGAGGAGCUUAAAAAUGACUACGAAAAUGAGAGCAGCGUUGAGGAAUUUGCUUACUUCAAAUGCUCUCUACAUAAAGAACGUUACCAAAUUCCCAACAGGCGUUCAAAGGCUUUAAAUUGUCUGAAAUCCAUGAUUGUUAAUCAGCAAGAAUUGAUUGUACCUUAUAUUGAGGAGGCCAUCAAGGUUUCUUUUGACUGCAUCACUCGGCGCAAUGAUUAUGAUGUGCAAGCCGGCUUAUCUACAAUUUCCAAAAUCAUACUUCAUCAAUGGCGAUUGGAUAAGGUGAAGGCCCGCUCCUUGUGCUCCAAGUAUCUGCCCAAGCUAACACGCCGUAUGUUGGAUACUAACUCCCCGGGACAUGUGAUCGAGUGCCUUGGCUAUUGCAGAUCGCUGCUUAAGAAACUUAAACGGCAAUGCUGUCAUUGUUAUGAUGGCCUGUUCACUGUAAUUCACUUGGCUCUUAAUCGAAAGCUCCCGUGUCAGUCCGAAAAGGAGUUAAAUUGUUACAAACAUCGCUUGCCCAGGGACUGGCGUAAGCCACCGUGUUGGUGUAACCACAUUGAGAAAGAGUAUGUCCUCUUAAAAAUGGCAAAGAAAAUGCUUUCAUUAUUUGGAGAGGUCGUGGGACCGAAGAUAUUUAUCGCCCAUGUGCAAACGAUUAAUGGACGAUUUUUGUGGCGACCGAGGAAAAACCGAAAUAUGGACAAAAAGUUUUUCAUCUGCGAAGCUCUCAUCGGUUGUUUGGAAUCCCUGGAUUAUAAAGCCUGUCGCUACUAUCAGGCGAUUUCUAAAUUUAUUACCCAGGGUAUAAUUGAUCCGAAAAAGAAGAUUCGCAACCGCAGCUUUGACCUGUUGAUCAAAAUCAUGCAGUUUUUAUACCGCAAUCCGAAUGUAAAUUCCUUACAUCUGUCUAGUUCUCUGAUAAAUGCUAUUGGUAAUCCUGGCGGCCUAACAGAAAAACAAAAGCAAGAAGGAUGUUUGUUGGGCUGUCAUAUGAUUUUGAAGGAUAAUGAAAUGUUUCCGAUUAACGAUUUCCUGGACGUGCUCUUCGAUCAUUUACCAUUAACGAAGAUUCGAAAUGCUCACUUUGCUAACAAAACAGUGGCCAAAGCUCUUCAGAAGCUCUUAGAUGAUGACAUCGUACCCGAUCGUAUAUCCCGAAUAUAAACGACUUUUUUCAGAAGGUCUUUGAAGGAGAAUGCGGAUUAUAGUUAAGUAAUUAGUUCAAAGUAUUAGGUUCUUUGUUGGAUUUUUCAAAAGGAGGAUAGGCAGGCAGGCAGUGAGCUUAAAUUAGAUUUCUUUAAGAAAAGGUUUUUCAUAAGGUUUCUUUCUUUCUUUUCUUGGAAAAGCUCUCUUUCGCACCUUUUGGGAUCUACAAAAUCAAGGCAAGGUCUAUAAAUUAAUUAGUUUUCUUCAAAAAUAGGUUCUCUGUUAGGUUUCUCAAUGCCACUACAAGGGAAGGGUUUCUAUGACCUUUUUCACAUUUUUUUCAAAACUAUAAACCUAUAUUGAUUUUUUCAAACUUUUGGCUUAGAUCAUACUUUUGGGCUCUACAAAAUCCAGAAAUGAGAUCAAUUCAACAUCAGGGUCUUAUUUAAUUUGGGUUUACAAAAUUAUUUACAGUAAACACUGACAUAUAAAUUGUAACAUGCCGGAACACGUGAAAGGUUUUGAUAAAAAUGCUGACCCUUUUUUUUUUGUAAGUGGUUAUAAAAAUAAAAAUUUAAUGUAAA